AUGUUUCGCGUGGGAUCAUGGCUGUAUUCCAAGGCAGCUCCUUCAAACGCGUCGACCCAGUCUCUUGAUGCUGUUGUUGAGUCCCAGGAUCCUGCUGCGUAUAUUAUGGAUGAUGAUGUCGAUUCAGCUGAGAGGGACCUAGAAAAGGGCGAUUCAUCAUUUCACAAGCUAGGAAAAGGCAUUGUUACGUUUGUCCGAGCUACCUUGGGUUUAGAGCAGGAUAUUAUGCGCCAAGCUGCCACCAGGCUUGCAGAGGCAGAAACCAGUGCCUACAAUGACCAGUACAAGGCCCACCAUAAUGCAAAUGCUGUAAAUGCAUAUCAUUCUUCCAUUUACGCACCUGGAACGGAGUACUUGCUAUGUCAGUGUAUGGCUCAACUCAUGGCUGCCCUCGUGGGAGUUCUUAGCGAGAGCUUGUCAGAGAGCAUAAAGGCAUUCUAUAAACUGAGAAAGGCCUAUAUUGCGCUCGACAGCAUUGCCCAAAUGGAAGAAAAAUAUCUAAAGGAGAAUAACCUGAGCCUUGGAGUGGACUCACGCUUCGAUUCUGCGGAUAUAAUGCUCAAUACCAACUCCACAGAGGGCAGUGCCGUACCAAGCCAACCUACAAGAACUGCAGCCGAAGCUGUAAACCCAUCAUUACAAGGAGCCGAUUCUGCCAGCAAGGUCUCGCUUUCAAAGUCAAUGUCAACAACAAACCUGGAGGAUGUUACCAACGAAAGUACCCAAAGACGGCUCUCUCGACUUACCCUAGGAAGUGAAACCGAUGUGACCAAGGAAGGCGAAGGACCGCAAUCCAAUCUAAACACAAACGAGGACCCUGACCUCUUUUCCCACCCCGUCGACCACUUCAUUCACUCUGGAACCAGUCUUUGCUUCGGACUACUCCUACUGUUCAUUUCAAUGGUGCCUCCGGCUCUUAAUAGGAUACUCUACAUCAUCGGUUUCCGUGGUGACAGAUCUCGAGGGCUACGGCUGCUCUGGCAGGCAAGCCGGUCUCACACGCUAACCGGAGCAAUUGCUGCAUUGACCUUAUUAGCCUUCUACAACAGCUUUGUGCGUGCAGCGGAUAUUUUACCUGACCCAGUUGAGGGUAACGAGGAAGAUAUUGAAGGCUACCCAAUGCGUCGACUGGAGAACUUGCUGAUUGAUAUGAGAGCUCGAUUUCCUCACAGCCAACUCUGGGUCCUGGAAGAGUCAAGGAUGCGAGGAGCGAACAGGGAAGUGGAGGAGGCCAUGCGGCUGAUCCAUGGGGGUAAAAAGAGCCCCUUGAAGCAAGUACAAGCUCUGCAUGUGUUCGAGAGAAGUAUCGAUGCCAUGCAUUUGCAUGAAUACGAGCUCUGUUCACAGUCAUUUAUCGAGUGCUCUGAGCUUAACUCUUGGUCCCGUGCGUUGUAUUUCUACAUUGCAGCCGCUGCCCAGGUAGAGCUGUACCGCAGACACCUUAAAGAUUCACCGGAAACCGCUAAAAAGCAUGCUAAAAAGGCAGAGGAACUGUUCCGCAUGGCACCCUCUCAAGCAGGCAAGAAGAAGUUCCUUGCACGUCAGCUCCCAUUCGAUGUGUUCGUGACUCGCAAGAUUACCAAGUGGGACGCUCGCGCGAAAGAACGAAAUAUUCCUUUCAUCGACGCAAUCGGUGUAUCACCAAUUGAAGAAAUGAACUUCUUCUGGAAUGGACACAGCCGAAUGCCCGAUGACCAGCUGGAAGUUGCACUCCAGAAUCUCGCGUGGUCAGAGAGUAAUGAGACAUGGGCAUCUGAACCGCUCGACGAACAGGCCGUACUGGCUCUUCUUCGAGCCUCCCUAUUGCGCGCUCAACGAAAGCAUAGCGAAGCACGGGAUAUCCUAAAGUCCCAGAUCUUGUGCCAUGAUAGGACUCUCUUCAAGGGAUCGAAUCGGGAUGACUGGACGUGUCCAUCGGCGCAUUACGAGAUGGCUGCUAAUCUGUGGAUGGAGCGCCAUUGUUACCGACCUAUCGGCCGCGCCACUGCCGUCCCUGCAUCUGAGAAGAACCACCAGGUAAAGGAUGAGGCAACCCGCAUGGCAGAGGAUGAACAGAAAGUGCAGGAAUGCAAGGAAUGGCUGGAAAAGGUGUACAAGUGGGAGGCGUAUGAGCUGGAUGCUAGGAUUGGACUAAAGGUGACCACUGCGCAGGAAACAAUCACCAAAUGGGAAGAGGCACAUGCCAAAUAG